AUUAAUACAUAUGUAAAACAUUCAAAAAUUAUUUGAAAACAAAAACUUUCAUGCAAAAAUAUGAAAAUCGUGUCGUGUUUCUGAAUAAAUUUUCGUACGUGUUCCUGAAUAUGGUGAUAUCUGUUUUUGCUAUCGAUAAUUCUGUCACUCACAUAAAAUUCAAGAAAUGUAUGAUUUACUAAUCAGAAAUAAAAAUAUUUUUUAUUAAAAACUAAUAAAAAUUUGAAGUAAAUAUUGUAUAAAAAAUAAUAAAAUAAAAAGGUGAAAUCUAAAAUUCUCAGUUUAUGGAAAGCACAUCUUCUUCAACCACACGCCUAUACUAUCAAAAAUUACAACGAUUAAGAUAUUUGAAUAAUCAUAAUAAAGCCAAAACAUUUGCCCAACGGCAACGUAAAAAUCAACAACGUUUGAUACCCUUAACAAGAGAAAUACAAAAGGAUAUGAUGGAUUUCAAUGCCUCACAAUCGAGCACUAGCAUUUCUGAGAAACGAAUUUACAAUACUCUCUCUAUAACCAGCCUGGUUAGGGGUGAAGUUCAAAAUAUCUUACAGGAAUUAUCCAUCUCGGAUCAGUUUAUACGCAAAGAAGAAAUUGAUGAUUUAAUAGAGAAAUGUUUAAAGGAAAAGGUAACAGUUAUACAAGACUGCGAUGCAAAAGUCAAUCAUUUAAUUCUAAAAGAUUACGAUAUAAAUCAAGAAUUCGAAAUGACUGUGGAGGAGCUAUCAGAGGAUAAAGAUAAAAGUAUGCUCAUUGUGGAGAAUAUACAAAUACUAGAACAGCGUAUAACAACUUUAGAAGAAAGAUUUAGUUGUAUGCUACAAAAUAUUCCAAAAUUAAGACAUAUACAGGCUAAACGCAUUAAAAUUAAUACAAGUGUCAUUAAAGAAGAACUACGAAAUAUAAUGGGCACACAGGAAAAAUUUCAAGAGGAACAAGCAAAUGACGGCACAUCUGUACCAGAAAUAAAUGAGUGCAAAGAAAAACCAUCCACCAUAUAUGAUGAAAUCUACUAUACUAAUCGUGAAUAUACUCUUAAUUUAUUGAAUUAUAAAAAAUCCUUAGAAACUAUGGAGUUAAACCAAAAGCCUAGAUUGAAUCCAUAUGUAAAACCUGUUAAUAUCGAUCUGGCACUAUCGUGCAACAAAUUCAAACAACGUUCAAUGUUUUUACCGACAAAUGAUAUCUGCAUGGGAUAAAUAGUAUU